AGCGAAGCGAGCGAGCUCUAUUACCCAGUUCCACCAACUGAUUGUCUACGAAAAAAAUCCUCAUGUGCGUGUGUAGUUAGAUUAGAUCAAUUUUAGAGCAAUUUUGUGUAAGAAACUUUAUACGUGAUUUAAAGUUGAAUAUACAAGUAAUAAACGAAUUGAGCUUGCAAGAAAACACAGAUCGUAACCAAUUCCACCCAAAUUAAGUUACAUACUUCACUUAGAUACAUUCUGCGUCUAUCGCAAUAUGGCCGUCCUGUAAUGAUUUGGUGGCCAGUAAUAUUAUUGUGAUUUCAUUGUAUGCUAAAUACCAAAAUGGAGCUUCGAGUCGGUAAUAAAUACCGACUAGGUCGUAAAAUUGGCUCAGGAUCUUUUGGAGACAUUUAUCUUGGAACUAAUAUUGUCACCAAAGAGGAGGUAGCUAUUAAAUUAGAAUGUAUAAAGACAAGGCACCCUCAACUACACAUAGAGAGCAAGUUUUACAAACUUAUGCAAGGAGGUGUUGGUAUACCGGCAAUAAAAUGGUGCGGCUCAGAAGGAGACUACAAUGUAAUGGUAAUGGAACUGCUCGGACCCUCUUUGGAAGACCUGUUCAACUUCUGCUCACGUCGCUUCUCCCUCAAGACUGUUCUACUUCUUGCUGAUCAACUCAUCACGCGCAUUGAAGACAUACAUUACAGGAACUUCAUUCAUAGGGAUAUAAAACCAGAUAACUUUCUUAUGGGCCUAGGUAAAAAAGGGAAUUUAGUGUACAUAAUAGAUUUUGGCUUAGCAAAAAAGUACAAAGAUGCACGCACAUUGCAACAUAUUCCAUACAGAGAAAACAAAAACUUAACAGGAACAGCGAGAUACGCAUCGAUAAAUACACAUUUAGGCAUCGAACAAUCACGACGCGAUGAUCUGGAGUCAUUGGGCUAUGUACUCAUGUAUUUCAAUCGUGGAAGUCUUCCCUGGCAAGGACUGAAAGCUGCUACCAAACGCCAGAAAUAUGAGAGAAUAUCUGAAAAAAAAUUGUCAACACCUUUUGACGAACUUUGCAAAAAUCACCCAAUCGAGUUUCAACUAUAUCUAAAGUAUUGCCGACGGCUACGUUUCGAGGAGAGACCUGACUAUAGUCAUCUCCGUCAGUUAUUCCGCACACUGUUCCAUCGACAAGGAUUCACAUAUGAUUAUGUGUUUGAUUGGAACAUGCUCAAAUUUGGUGGUCAACGCGGUAAUUACCAAUCAGGUGGCACUGACCGUACGUUAAGACGUCAUGAACAAAAUCAGGAACAAGAGAACACGGCGGGCGCGGCCGGGCAGCCCAGCACCACUGUGGCGGCCAUCUCGGAGUGGCGGUGAGGGACCUUCCUGUCGUCGCAGUGUUAACACCACCUAUAUGGAACCACGUUCGUAUUGUGACUUGCAUGUUCUGUUCGUAGGGACGAACAUUACACAGACUCGAUAUAUUCACGUAUUUGACGGUGUGUUUUAACGACGACUUAUCACGUCACCGAACCGCGCGGUAGGAAUUGAGGCGUGAGCGUGAAACUUCUUUGGAUGUUAUCACGUUUCGAGAUAAUAGAUUCUGUAUUAAAAUAAGGAAACAAUUUUGUAUGCAUUCGUGUUAACAUUCAUAUUAUUGUAAAUUAUUUAAUUAUAGACUAAGUAUGAUGAUGAGUGGGCCGAGAAAUGAAAAGUUAUUUGUUUGAAUAACACUUGUUUAAGCAUAGAGGUAAUUAAUAGGCCUACCCAUGCAUCGUUGUACUUUAUGCUCAGUUAUAUUUAGAAGUAAGAUACAUAUUCUAUCAUAUUGGUAAGAUUAAACAGUAAUUUGUCAAUUGGUCCCAAGAAAAUCGGUCAAGAGACUGUAACUUGAAAAUAAAGCUCUAUUCUGACAUGCUUAGUGAUCCUACUUGGCGAAAUUUGGCUUAUGGGUUAUGGACAAGUUUAUCAUAGCACAAUUAAAAUAGCUAUAUAUAAGAUAUAAUGAACUAAUGGCCAUGUACCAUCUGAUUUUACAAGUUUACUGUAGCAUUCUAACUACUGGAAACAGACUGUGCAAUACAAGUGAUCACUGAUCAUUUAAAGUUUAAGCAUUUUUUUGAAUGGUCCAACAUUGUUAAAACGGAA